UUUUUUUAACAGCGCAUUCAGCAAUACACUAGGAAAGUAGCAGAAUUCUCCCCUUGUGUGGACGUCACGUCGACAGGAAUAUAUCAGAUUCUAGGCUAACUAAAAGGCAAAUAAAUAAAGGGGAUAAUAUCAGGCACUCCAAUGGAUGAAGUGAUUAGCUAGCACUCGCAAUACUCCAUUCUCAACCCGUGUACACAUUAACGACGAUGUCCGAUUCAGCUGUGUGUACAUGCAGUUAACCAGGUAUAGCUGAGAGGACUGCUAGCUGAUUUCAAGCAAGCAAACAAAGCAAAUAAACAUAAUUCUUCGGCCUAAGGAGUUGUGGCUCUGACAAUAGUCCCAAUAUGGAGAUACCCAUUUCGAAUGUGUUGCUGCUCUGCCUGAUAUUCCUGCUAAUCGGCGGAGUGAUUAUGAUACUUCUUCAAUAUUUGCUCUUCAUCAAAUUCUCCAACUUGCCGGACGAGAGCGAGGAGCAGAAGCAAAUGAAUGCCAAGUACACCCUGCCACUGAACAUCAAGCAGACAGCUCGGGACUUGAAUACGACGCAAACUGAUGGCGCUGGCUGUGAGAUGCAUCCGAAUAACGAUCACGGCUCUUCGACGCUGAUAUCGUUGAACUUCGUUAUGCAGUUCCUGUUCCACGAGUUCAAGAACUCGAACCGUGUCCGCAAAUGGUUCUACCGGAAGCUGUCCAUUGAGCUGGACGAGCUUAUUACAAAGACAACGACGGGCAAGCUGUUGGACAAGCUGACGAUCAGGGAACUAGAGCUGGGCGAUCAGUUUCCCAAUAUCAGAUCCCUUUCGGUGCACAAUGUGCAGCUGGACGACGCUGAGCAGCGCAUUGAGAACUUGGACUUGUUGCUGGACAUCAACUACAUCGGAAACUUCUCGACAUCGAUCGAUGCGGACAUGGUGCUGGGCAAGAAGGGCUCCAUAAUGUUAAAGGUUAAACAACUUUCGGGCAUGGCACGAUUGCAGUUCACUCGGAAGCCUUACACCCACUGGUCGCUCAGCUUUUUGGGCGACCCGGAGCUAAACCUGGUCAUCGAGUCCAAGUAUCAAGGCCGGCAAAUGCAGUCCAACAUUACGAACCUCAUAUCAAAUCAGAUACGCAAGGCGGUGCGACGCAAACACACCCUGCCCAACUAUAAGCUGCGCUACAAGCCCUUCUUCCACUGGGCGGCCGAGGAGGAGAUCACCGACUGCGACAUACAGCCCAAUGGGGGGUUGACUGUGCGCGUCGCGGAGCUGUCCCGGCUGAUGGCCUGGCCGGGCACCAGCAGCAUCUACUGCACGAUUACGCUGGCGCCCGUGCCGUUCAUUGAGGUGCAUCAGAAGGACCAUCGGCACGUGCUCAUCUCCAUGGAUGUGGUCAUACACAAGGCGAAGAACCAGCAAAUCGGCAUUGUGUUCAAGCAGAGCAGCAGCCAGGUGGUCAAGAUCGAGUCGAUAUUGCCGAACACGCCCGCCUGCAAGAGCAAUCUGCUGCCGGGCGAUGCGCUCGUGUCCAUCGAGGGCAAGCAGGUGACAACCAUCCAGCAGAUCGCCAAGGUGGUAAAGAGCCUGCAGUCGACGGUCUGCUGCCUGCGCAUCGAGCGCAUCAUACCGGGCAUCAUACGCAACGAUGCCAUACUGGAGGACCUGGAGAAAUAUGAUGAUCUGUGUGACAUUCCUGCAGGCCUGAAGCACGAACCCGACGAGCCCGAAGUACUGCCCAAGCACUUGGCGCCUAGGGCCAGUCUCAGUCUCAGUCGCAACUCGAACGAGUCCACGCCCACGAACUCGCCCAAGAAGUCGAACAUCAUUGCGAAGGCCAUCAAGAAGACGAUCAGCCGGGAGAGCGGCGACAGUCAAAAGGAGAAGGACAAACCCAAGUCGGAAGAGACGCCGGCGAAGCUGCCCCAUCCCAGUCAAUCCGAUGACAAGUGCGCCACCGCCAGCGACAAGCCACUGGAGGAAGUCAACUAUUUCUAUCAGCACUCGACCAUCGACUGCCCCUUCAGCCCCCUAAUCCACAUGGAUGACCUGUCCAACUUUCAGCUGGACGCCAAUAGUCGCUAUCUGAAUGUGUCCGUGUUUGGCAAGUGCGCCGGCGAGAGCAUACUCCUCGGCUACUACAACUUGCAGGUCAGUCAGAUACUGGUCGAGUGCAGUGAGACGAGUCUGAAUCAAUGCCUCAGGCAGAUAGCCAUAAACCCGGCAUCACUUCUCCCAGUAAAAUCCCAUCCGUUAUCCAAUCAAUCCGGCUUCAAUCCCAACCUCUGUUUCGGGGACAUUUUGUUUGGCUUCAUCUGGAAUGGCAAUCCCAAUGCGACCGCCAACGAGAACACGGCAAAGAACACCCCAAAGUCCACAUCGACGGCCAGCCAAUCAACGGCCAGCGAGCGGCAGCAGGAGGAGAACAGCGCAGAAACAGCGUCAGUGAGGUCGUCCAACGUUUCCAGCGAUGGUUCCGUGUCCGGCGUUGGUAGUGCAACGUCAGCAUCGAAGGCUCACAACUUCAUACGCACGCACUUUCAACGUGCCACGCAGUGUGACUUCUGCGGCAAGAAGAUCUGGCUGAAGGACGCCAUGCAGUGCAAGGACUGCACCAUGUGCUGCCACAAGAAGUGCAUCGCAAAGUGCCAGAGCGCCACGGUGUGCGGCCCAGUGGACUACGGUGGGUCGAUACCGAACACCCCCUCAACACUGUCGAUGGCGGUCAACAAGCCCGAGUUUACAAUCACCCAGCCCGAGUAUGUGGACGUUGCGGGAGGCUCGCUGCCAGCGGAGGAGAUCGCCGAGCAGAUGCCGCAAGCCAAUCUGGAUACUCACCGGCCCAGUUUGACGGGCAUGCUGACACAGGGUAUAAAGCGGCAAGCUAGCAACCUAGACAUACCCGGCAUAGUCUCGUCCCUUUCCGGCAAUAGCUCGCAAAUGAAUUCCAAAAGUUUGCCUCCAAGUCCCCAGCAUACGCCAUCGCGAAAACCAUCGAUAUCAGAGGAGAGUAGCUCCAAUCCCUUUGCAAGGGUCACACAGCAUUUAGAGACCCUACCCGUGGAGUGCUCAGCACUGAGCUUCGAGCAGGUGAUGCUGAUCACAGAACCCAUCAUUGGACAUUCCCGCAACGAAGAUCUGAUGAAUCUGGCCAAGAGCGAGAGCAAGCUGCUCUACGCGGACGUACCGCCCAGCGAGAGGGUUACCAAAAUAAACGAGCUGCUAACCAAACUGAAGGGCGCAUUGGAUGCGGAAACGAAGGGCUACACGUUGCUAAGCUAUGGGGAAAAGGCGACUACACACAGGCUGGAGUCGGAGUCGCCAUGGAAAUCGAUGGCCACAACGAAAGUCAAGUCCGAGGAACGAGUCCAGGCCUUAAGCAUCAUCAUGCUCUACUUGUGCACGGGUCUACAGCAUGCGCAGGGCUCGGUAAUGCAGUAAUCCGAUGCAUCCGGGCAUCCCGAAUUACAUAUUAUUAAUAUUUGUUAUGUAUUUGACUGUAAAUGUGUUAGUGAACCUAUGGGCAUUUUUUAAUUGUGUUACGGCACUUAACUUACUCUUAAGACAAUUGUUCCGAUAAAACCAAAAUCAA